AAUAACAUCCCAUCCCAAUAUAGAGGAAGCGAAUUUUCGACGUCCUUUUUGAGAAAAAAUUAACCACAUUAAUCGCCCAAAAAUGAACAAAGAGCACCGACAAAUCCUCAGGAAGAAUAGAUUAGCUCUAGUAGAAGACCUCGAGCCGCGAAUUAUCCUCAAUUUCUUAUUCCAAGAGGGAAUUUUUUAUGAGAACGACUUGGAGUUGGUGAACAGUUUGCCGAUCCGACAAGAGAAAGCAGAACAAAUAUUAGAUACACUGCCUAGGAGAGGUCCUAAAGCUUUUAAUGCUUUCUAUGAGGCUUUGAACUCCGGUGGAAGCCAGAGACAUUUAGCUGACCUGCUUUAUCCCAAGACUCCGAUGCAAGAAACUUCCCCACCUGGUUUUAUAAGUUCCACCUCAAGUGCAAGGCCGUCGAGCGAAGAACCAAGCAGGCCAUCAGAACCACGUGAAAAUGAUAGUGAGAUAGAAGGAGCUUUUUCUAGACUGGAAGUAAGUGGUAGAGGUAGUAUUCAUCUUGAUCCUCCUUCAACAGCACCACCAACAACAACAACAGCUGCAGAAACUCAAGAUAGCGAUGUUUAUCCAAUGAAUCGUUGUCCACAUGGAUUGUGUCUCAUUGUCAAUAAUGCCAGCUUUGAGGCCGAAAGUAGACUAAAUAAUCGCAGAGGAUCAAAUGUAGAUGCUCGUAACCUCCAAACUUUGUUCACAUCCUUACGCUACAGAGUAAAGCUUGUCGAAAAUGUCCGAGCGUGGAAAUUAAAAGAUGUAGUUUUUAAAUUUGCCAAAGACCCAGAUCACAAGAAUUCUGAUUCUGUGAUUGUUUGUCUCUUGAGCCAUGGUUUGGAGGGGAAAAUAUAUGGCAUUGAUGGAGGUCUUGUCUCAAUUGAAGACAUUUUGAAAAUGUUCAAAGGAAAUAAUGCUAAAGAUCUUGUCGGAAAGCCAAAACUAUUUUUCAUCCAAGCCUGCAGAGGUGGGGAAUUUGACAGGGGAAUCAGCUUUGACAAAACAGACUCUCCUGAUACACCAGAUGAAGAGAAAAAAGUUGAAGAAAUUUUAGAAGAGUUUUUCCCUGAAGAGGAUGUCAUAGACAGUGGUUUUCUAAGCCAGCAGUCUCUUCCCUCCGACUCAGAUAUUUUGAUUGCUUAUUCAACUGUUCCUGGCUUCGUAUCCUGGCGUAACCAAGACGAGGGGUCUUGGUUUGUCCAGGCAUUGGUUGAUGUUUUCAAAACAUAUGCAUCAAAGGAAGAUAUCCUGAGCAUGAUUACCAGAGUUAACAGGAAAGUUGCUCUGGAGUUUCAAUCUUCAUGCAAAAAGAAGCAAAUGCCAGCACCCGUUCUUAUGCUAACAAGAAAACUUUAUUUUCAUCAUCAAAAUUGAAUAUUGGAAACUUAUGAUCAACUUUUCUCAAAAUGAGAUUGUAGGUAGAUAACUGUAGUGGGUUUACAUAGCUGACACUUCUCGAGUAUUCUUCCAAUUCCCAAGUACUUUAUAAAUCCACACAGCACAAGCAAGUUUUUUAUUCAUUUUACGAGAUACAAAUACAAUAACCGUUAUUUUAGAUAGGAAUGAUGCAACUGAAAGUGUGCAAGCGUGCUGUGUGCUCUCAUAAAGCACGUGCUCCAAACCAAUCAAAACACACGAUUUAUAGCUAAAGUCAUUUUAUUUAUAACUUUUUUGCCUAAAUAGUUGCCUAAAUAUAUAGAAAUUCCACAUAAUUAUGAUGCAGGAUUUUUUUUUACAUUUAUAUAGUAAAGACCAUUUACUUUUGGUCAAUACCAAGUACCAAUGCUUUUGGUAAUAUUCUAAUAAAUUUCUAGCUAAUCUGCCAUCUUUAAAUUACUUCAUAGUUAGACAUUGGUAACCUUUGUAUCCCAACUUUAACUCUGGUCAAGACUUUCUGUGAAUCACUGCAAGAUUCCUCUUGUUUGACCCCACUGCACUGUUGUGAAAUUAUAAUUGACCAAUCAAUCAAUCACUUUUAUUUCCUGAGGUUAGAGUGCAAACGAUAUAAUCGUGAAAUGUUAGUAAUACUAAAUAGCACAACUUCAUGCAAAUUCAAUUGUUUUCUAUUGUUUGAUUAGCACUAUUUUGUACUAUUUAGUAACUAUGGUGUUUCACGGAUUAAUUGUUUGCACUCUAACACACAACAGUUUUAAUGUAAAGAAUACUGAUAACUCAGUGGAACUCAAAAAUAAUAUAUAUAAAAUUGACAUUCAAUCAAGGUAUUCAAUCAAUAAGGCUACAAAGUAGGUUCAAAGGAUUAUUCAAAUUUGAAUCUUGCAAUAUCUUUCACAUUCUUUGUACUGAUUGACCAGAGAACCAAUAUGGGGAGGGUGAAGAAUUUGCAGACUGUCUCAACCAGAAAUAAAGUCAGACUCCAUGUAGGCUAGAUAUUGGCUGCUAAAAGAUUAUAAAUACAUUUAGUAGAUAAAUACCAGUGGAAGUUUGAUUCCUGUGGACUCUAGAUAUUCAUCAAAGUGAUGAUUAAAAAUAAGUGUUGUGACACGCCCUGUAUUCAAAUGUUAUAGAAUGAAAUGUCAAAUAAAACUUAGUGUAUCUACAAUAGC